UAAUCGAUUAUUUGUUGCAUAUGUUGUUUACGCCAAUUGUUUACGAAAAUAUUUAUUUACUGCUGGCGAAGUAAUUUGUUCGUCAUGGAUUUCGACAGUCCCGAGGAGAAGGAGUUUCCCGGGCUGUACGCCUCCGAGGCAGCGGAUGCUAAGUCGAGGAAGAGCAAGGAAGAGAGCGACUUUAGUGAGGAUCACGAGCAUAGUAAGAAAGACUUGUUGAUCGGCCGGCGCAAGGACAAGAAGGAAAAGGGCAAGGAUCGGGGAUACGCCGCUCUGGAGGGCGAGAGCUCGCCGGAGGAAGAGUUGGACACCAAAAGUCCCACCAAGUCGAAAAAGUCAAAGACCUUUAAGUUCACCAGCUCCAAGAGCAAGGAGAAGCGCGAAAAGUCACGUGACAAGUCCGAAAAGGACUCAAAGCACGCAGAGGAGGAGCCUUCCGUCUCCCACAAGGUCAAGGAGAAAGAACGGGAUAAGGACAAGGACCGUGAUGAGCCUAAGAAAAAGGAAAAGGAGGAAAAGCGCAAGGAAAAGGACAAGAAGGCUGACAAGAAGGACAAAAAGGAUAAGAAGAGCAAACAGCUGUCGCAGCAGCAGGACGACGCCUCCGCCGCGGAGGAAGUGUUGGCACUUGGAUAUCCCGUCUUCGGGGUGUCCGUAAGCUUGGCCACCGAACGAUCCCGCUGCCACGACGGCGUGGACAUUCCUCUGGUUGUGCGCGACUGCAUUGAUUUCCUGCAGGAUCACCUGAAGUGUGAGCAGAUCUACAAGAUUGAGCCCAUCAAGACGCGUCUGAUGCACUUUAAGCGGUUGUACAACAACCGGGAGCACGACUCCGCCGUCGAUGAGCUCAACCUGCCUACCGCCUGCAGUCUGCUGAAGCUCUUUCUGCGCGAACUGCCGGAGCCAUUGCUGACCACCGAUUUGGUGGCCCGCUUUGAGGAGGUAGCCUCUCAUCCGAAGGUGACCACGCAGCAGGCAGAGCUGCAGCAGCUGCUCGAACAAUUGCCAAAGUGCAACCGCACUCUGUUGGCGUGGGUACUACUCCACUUCGACGCGGUGAUCCAGCAGGAAAGGCACAACAAGCUCAACGCCCAGUCGCUAGCAAUGCUGCUCAGCCCUACGCUCCAGAUGUCCCACCGACUAAUGGUGGCUCUACUUUGCCACUGCAACAGCUUGUUUGCGGACGUCAAGCUGAUAAGGUAUGUGCCCCCGCUCACAUCGGCUAGCCCAAAGCUGCCGGAUUCGCCGCAGGACAUCCAGACAGAGUUGCGAAAGCAGGACAGUCUCCUGUCCCAGAUCCACAGCGAAAUGAACGCAGGGUUCAUUACUAAGAAACGCGAGGAGCAGCUGUGGGAAGUGCAGCGCAUCAUUACCCAGCUGAAGCGGAAAUUGCGUACUUUUGAGAAGAGACAGGAAAAGACGGCUGAGGAAUUAGACAACAGCAGCUGUGCUCCGCCCACAGUAGCCAGUGAAGAUACCACUGAUGCCAAACCUGCAGUAACUCCGGCCGUAUCUACGAACAACAGUAUUUGCCAGGAAGAGCCGAAUACCGAUUCGCUAUCCUCGAAAGAUGCUCCCAACGAUUUUACUAUUGAUCCGGGCACAGGCUUUAUUUUGCUCCCCAAGUCAAAUCCGCACCGCGAAAAUUUGCUUAGGCUUCAAAUCGAAUAUGACGAGCUGAUGGAAUGGCAGAACGAGCUAAAAGCACGUAUCGUCGCUGAGCGCAACGAAGUCUACAGGCUCAAGCAGCUGUACGAGCAGCAGUCAAUAAACAGCCAAAUGGCCUCCUUGGCCGCGGGAUCUCAGGCUCCCCCGGAAUCCGACUAUGAGCGGAUAAUCGAGCAUUACACACGAGAAAAUGCUUUGCUAGAGCACAAGAAAAAUAUGCUAGGCAUGGAACUAAAGGAGGAACGACGGGCUUGUAUUGCUCUACAAGUGGAGCUUCGACUCCAGCAGUUUUAAUGUAUUAAUACGAUUAAUGUGUUACUAGGAUGGGUCAAGUUGCGGGAUACAACUAUCUUCCAAACAAACAGAAAUAUUUCAUAUAUUGAAUUGUCUUCAUUUACAACAUACCGAUUUGACAGUCGGAAAAAUAACCGACGAAACCUGCCAUGAUUGCCCGGCAGGUUUCGUCGAUUAUUUUUCAGACUGUCAAAUCAGUAUGUUGUAAAUGAAGACAAUUCAAUAUAUCAAAUAUUCAAAUGAACAAACUUUAAAAGUUUUUCAUAACUUAUCUAUAAAUAUAGUCACUGUUCUAAACAGUCUCCUUUAUUAAUCGCAAUAGAUGAAAACUUUCAUUUCAAGAAAUAAAAUUAAAAUACUGUCAAAGGUAAAAUGGAUUCCUUACGCCUAAAGUCAGUCUAUUGUUUAUUUGGAAAUUACGAGCUUGUUUCAAACUUGACCCACCGAAAUAUAUGUAUGUAUAUAGGUUUACCAAUUUUAAAUCUCAAUGUCUACUUGCGAUCAAAUGCUUUCUUUAAACUAAAAUUAUUGUUAAACGGCGCAAAGCCCCAAAGAAUUCAUGUUAGACAACUUUAUUGCUUUUAAAAAUUAAAAGUGAAAACGAAAACUCAAA